AUGGCUUCCUCGGCCAACAAGCACUCGGACGCCCAUGAGUUCAACUACACCAUGAUGCAGGCCUUCGAGUGGUACACGCCCGACGGCGGCGUGCACUGGGACUGGCUGGCCAGCAACGCCAAGCGCUUCGCCGACAUGGGCAUCACGGCCGUCUGGCUGCCGCCUCCGACCAAGUCGUCGUCGCCCGAGUCGACGGGCUACGACAUCUACGACCUGUACGACCUCGGCGAGUUCGCCCAUCCGCGCGACGAAAAGGCCGGGCUCACACCCGCCCACCGCACAAAGUACGGCACGCGCGAGCAGCUCGAGGCGGCCAUGAAGGCGCUGCGCGACAACGGCAUCGCCAUCUACAUUGACGCCGUGCUCAACCACAAGGCGGGCGCCGACGAGCUCCAGACGUUCAAGGUGCGCCGCGUCAACUCGGACAACCGCAACGAGAUCAUCGACGACGAGCCCUUCGACAUCGACGGCUGGACCCGCUUCACCUUCCCCGGCCGCGGCGACAAGCACUCGUCGUUCCAGUGGGGCUUUGAGCACUUCACCGGCGUCGACUGGGACCAAAAGGGCGAGCAGAAGGCCAUCUUCCGCAUCGAGGGCGACAACAAGCACUGGGCCUCGGACACGGACCGCGAGAACGGCAACUUUGACUACCUCAUGUUCUCCGACAUUGACCACGCCCACGGCGACGUCAAGGACGACAUGCUCAAGUGGGGCCGGUGGAUGCUGCGCAACUUUCCCGUCGCGGGCUUCCGCUUCGAUGCGGUCAAGCACAUCUCCCGCGAGUUUAUCCACGACUUUGUCGCCGCGGUCCGCGACGAGGCGCGGCAGCUGCGCAAGGAGCGCGGCCUGGAGGCCGUCGACGAGACCGAGGGCCCGAUUGCCUUUUCGGUGGGCGAGUUCUGGAAGGACAGCGUCGACUCGUGCAUCGAGUACCUGGACAAGUUUGGCGACGAGCAGUUUUCGCUGUUUGAUGCGCCGCUGCACUACAACUUUGCCGAGGCGGGCGCGGCGGGCUCGUCGUACGAUCUGCGCAAGGUGUUUGACGGCACCAUUGUGCAGCGGCGUCCCAUCGAUGCCGUGACGCUGGUCGAGAACCACGAUACGCAGGCGGGGCAGAGCCUGCAGAGCCCGGUGCCGGCCGCCUUCAAGCCGCUGGCGUACAGCCUGAUCCUGCUGCGCCAGGACGGGUACCCGUGCGUCUUCCUGGGCGACCUCGAGGGGUGCAACGCCAAGGGCAAGGAGGGCGACGAGGGCUACGCGCAGCCCAUGGCCGAUCUGGAAAAGUUCCUCAAGGCGCGCAAGCACUUUGCCUACGGCGUCCAGCGCGACUACAUGGACCACGCCAACUGUAUCGGCUGGACCCGCGAGGGCGUCGAGGCCAUGGAGCCGAGCGACGAGGAGAGGGGCGCCGGCAAGAAGGGGACGGAGCGCAAGGAGGGGUGCGCGGUCGUCAUGUGCAACGGCGACGGCGAGGGGACCAAGUGGAUGGAGGUGGGCAAGGGCCACGCCGGGCGCAAGUUUGUCGACGUCAUCGGCUGGUACCAGGGCCAGGUCGAGAUCAACCAGGACGGCUGGGCCGAGUUCAAGUGCCACCCGCGCAGCGUGGCGGUGUGGGUGCCCGAGGACUCGGACAAGCGCCAGUUCUUCUGA